AUGGCUGGGUCAGUAAAUGAUGGAAGAGCGAUUGGGGUCUUUGAAUCUUUUGGGGUCUCUGGAGCUCCAGGCCAGUCCCUGGCCCUGAAGGUGAGAGCUGGUGUUGGCUUCAUUCGCAUCCAGUUCUUCCCAAGACCCUCGGAUGUCGCAAUGUAUCGGCGCUGUAUCUUGACAGUGUGUGAUCUUCUCCAAUUCUUCGUCUUCUGUUCUACUAUCUGGUGUCGUCUUUUCACCAAGUGCUACAGCCGUCUCUACAAAGCACAGCCUGAAUUCACAAAAUGUGUUUACAAUCAGUUCGUAUCCCAUCUGCAGAAAUCUGUACUGGAAGAGAUCCAGGCACUCAAGCAGGAAGGGAACCUGCAGGUGCUCUUUGAGUCGCUGGAUAAGCUUGAGAAAGGAGCGAAGGACAAGGAAGCGUGCGCAUGGCGCCCGAGUGGAAUCCCGGAGGAAGACACCCGCGGCGUUGUCGUGCCAUACCUUCUGAAGCAGCGCAAGUUCCUCCAGAAAGCCCUGAAGGAGAAGCAGGAGGGCAACUGCCGGCUGGCUGCAGCCGUGGUGGCCGGUCGAGAGAGGAUUUCAGAGCUACAGCAGCAGAUCCACAAGCAGAAGGAAGACUGGCAGGGAAUUGCUACCGAUGGCCGAAAGAUGAUGAAGACCUUUGAUGAACUUCCCUGAGAAGACCUGGUCUGGCUGCUUUUGGUGGACGGAGCCUAACCCAUCUGGGGGAGCGUGUGAGAGAGACGUAGGGGCUGCGUGAGCUGCAGAAGACGGCAGCUCGCUGUUGGACUGACUAUGGGACGGGGGGGAGCUGGGUGCGGGGUGCCAUGUGACUCUGUACUUAUUUUCUGUUAAAAUAUUACAGUUCCUGCCUUGUAUUUCUUUAACUCAGAAUAGUAAUUCUGCAAGCUCUGUUGUUUGACAGCCAUGUACAAAUACACGCGUAAGAUAGCCAGAUAAUAC